ACUAGGUCCGGCUGACUAGACCAUGUUUCCUUGUCGAGGUUUCAAUAUAAAAGGCUGGAUAGUGAGCCAGAAAAUCAAUCAACAACCCUCCUUCUUACAGCUCACACUUUCUUCAGCGAUACAACAUGCAAUCAAUCGUUGCUUGCGUUUUGGUUUUGGCUGCGGCCUCUCACGCCAGAUGGAUCAACACUGGGUACGCGAUGAAUGGAUUCGGCGGAUAUUAUCCGAUCGCUCCUGUUCCACAUGUCGCUCCUUUCCCAUCUGUUCCUUACGGCGGAGUCCCGGCUGUCCCAUCGUUCUACGGAGUUCCCAGCUUCACUUCCAGCCAAUUCCACGCUCAAGAUGAGAUGGGCCAGGCCCGAUUCGGCUAUGCUCACCCUGGGCAGGCAGCCACCAACUAUCGCGAUGCUUUCGGCAACCAGAUCGGCAGCUACGCUUACAUCAACCCCGAAGGCAAAGAGGUCCGCGUUUCUUACACUGCCGAUCACCGCGGCUUCCGCGUCUUAUCCAACGACCUGCCCGUAGCGCCCGUUGCCACCCCAGUAGCCCCCGUGGCCACCCCGGUAACACCUGUGGCCAAUUUGGUUGCACCUGUUCAAGUCGAGGACACUCCCGAAGUGGCCCAGGCUAAAGCAGCUCAUUUUGCUGCGCACGCCGAAGCCAGAGCUGUACUUGCUGCCGCUAAAGCCGCCGCUGCUGCCCCCAAGCCAGUAGCUCCUGUCGCUGCAGAUCCCGUCAAUGUUGCAGCCACAGUCGAAGCUCCGGUCGCCGCCGUUGAGGCUUUCGCAGCUCCAGUUGCCGCUGAAUCAGCCCCGGUUGCCGAUGUUGCCGUCGUCGAAGUAGCUCCAAUGGCCGCUAUUGCAGAACCAACUGCCGCCGUCGUCGAACCCGUAGCGGCCUCUUCGGACUCUGUCGCAGUUGUCGUCGAACCCGUAGCAGCCGCUUCAGACUCUGUUGCAGUUGUUGUGGAACCCGCUGUUGCCGAUAUAGAACCAGAAACAGCCGCUUCAGACUCUGUUGCAGUUGUUGUGGAACCCGCUGUUGCCGAUAUAGAACCAGAAACAGCCGCUUCGAACUCUGUUGCAGUUGUCGCUGAACCCGCGGUAGAACCAGUUGAGGUUGUCGCCGAGCCCGUUGCAGCCGCUUCGGAGCCCAUUGCCGCUGUCGCCGAGCCCGUUGCAGCCGCUUCGGAGCACAUUGCUACUGUCGCCGAGCCCGUUGCAGCCGCUUCUGAGCCCAUUGCCACUGCCGCCGAGCCCGUAGUAGCUGCUUCUGAACCCGUUGCAGCCGCUUCGGAGCCCGUUGCAGCUGCUUCUGAAUCCGUAGCCGCUGUCGCUGAGCCCGUUGUAGCUGCUUCCGAAUCCGUAGCAACUGUCGCAGAACCCACUGUGGCCGUUGCAGAACCCGUGGAAGCUGCUUCACAAUCCAUCGCAGUUGUUGCAGAGUCCGUUGUCGCCGUUCCAGAACCCGUAGUAGUUGUUGAAGCUGAGCCUGCUGCUUCCGAUGUGUCUCCCGUUGUGGUUGCCGUCGCAGAGGAGGCUGCUUCUUCCAACGUAGUUUCUUCAGCGUAAAUUGGGGUACUAGUUGUUAGUUUUUGCCAUCAUACUUGUCAUGGAUUCCUUUGUUUCUCUUGCAUUGUCGUCGCGUCAAUUUCUUUUCCUAGAAGACGAUUUGCUCACACUUAGCUCUCAUUGUACAUAUAAAAAUCGAUGUGUAUAGAAGAAAUCGUUCGAUUUGAAUACAUACACAUAAAAAACACA